UCUAUGGUGAAAUUCCGCCAAAUCAGACUUCCAAAAUAGUAAUUAUUAUUCGUCUGACUAUCCAUAAGUCAUUCUCUUGUUUUGGUAAUAUAUAAUGUGAUUCAAAAUUAGUUAGGCUUAGAACUUUUCAACUAAAGUUAAACAUCUAUUGAUCUUUCCUGGAGUGGAUUAGCUCUUGUUAUGUCGAAUUAUAAUCCUAAUCCAUAGAUUCCAAAGUCCAUCCAGUUCAGAAGAGGAGAGACCGUUAGACCUAUUUCGUUUCAAAACAUUAUUCAAAUAAUUGAAAAAUAUUAUUUUGAAACAUGGAAAAUUGUUCUCGUUCGAGAGCCCAGGCAACAUCACCAUUAAUGUUUGAAUCCGAUGAAGAAGACUCCUCAGAUGAUGAUCCUGCUAAUACCAGUAACAAGGAAAAUGCAGAUGAAAAUGUUGACAGAACUUCUGAGCUAACCAAAGAAGAAAAAAUUUUAAAAGGAUUCCAAACUGUAUUGAUGGGUAUUCCUCCACCUCCUGCUUUCACCGUUCCUCAGUUUGACUCUCGGGAGAUCCUGAAGCUGUGGAGAGACCAUCAGAAGUUUAGGCUGGUCUUGUCACCUGGCAAAGGUAAACAGAAUUUGGCAAGGCAGUUGGAGGAAGAAGUGAAGGUCACCCCAUGGCCUGAAGUGCUAAAUGUGGACCAUUGGGAUAUUUACUAUAACAAGAGUGCUGUGUGUGAGGAGGUGGAGAGACUCAGUUUACGAUACAAGGAGCGCUAUGUGGGUUCAGAGACGUCGUCAUGCAUCAAUGCACUGUUUGCCAAGAGUCCUACACGCACAGCCAGUGCGCGCAAGCGCGCCCGCACUCGUGCAUGGGGUCAUAGUCCUGGCCGCCGUCUCAGCCACUUAGCGCGGCGACGCAACGCAUUCUCCUCCGCCAAUCUAUGCAGUGUUGCUGGCAACAAUAAUCCUGAUAAGAAGAUGAUUAUGGUUGAAAUCAAAAAAAUAGGCAAUCGUAGUAAGAAAAAAGGUUCUGCAAAAAAAUCAAAACCCACGCCACAAAAAAAGAGCCAAACACAGACCAACACACACAAAAGGGCGUUGUUCCAGAGCCCUGAUCAGCCGCCAGCCAAAGAUGUAACGCAAACCCCUAACACUCGAUGUGUCCUGAGAUCAAAACGUAACCUGUUUGCAGACUCCAGUAGUGAAAAAAUUAAUGAAAACGGGAAACGGGAACGCCCAGUUCCGAAGAGGGUGAGCCCACGGAAACGAGUCAACAGGAGUUUGUCAUUCCAAGACCACUCACAAGAGACCGCUCCACAUCUGAAUAUGUCACUGCAACAAACCAAAUUUCCAACAACUCAAUCUUCUCAGAGCGUUCUCUCUGGGACUCAUAAACAGAAAAUGCUAUGGGCUGUGACGAACGCUCUACGGGAAGAAAACAUGGGGAUGAACCAUGAGCUAUUUCGGCCGUGCAUGUCUGUUCUCUUCAAAGCAUGCCAGAAGCUGUGGCUGAUGAAUACGGCGAUACGAGAGCAAGAGGGCAGCACUAGUGAAAACAUGUUGGCACUGGCUAAGCAGUUUAGUGUUUACACUAUCAAACAGAUCAACAGUGAUCCAACUUCAGAACAUAUGGCUCUAGUGUGCACAAAUAUCAUAAGACAAGCGGAAAAUAAUUUAUGUAAAACUAAACCUAAGCAAGAUGGUGUUAGACAAUUACUUUCCAGAAAUCCUCUGUCCGAGCUUAGUUGUUCAAAAGAAAAUGCAAGUAGUCCCACUAACUGUGAAGAAAUUCAUAAAUCUUCUGUUUGCAAAGAACUAAAAAGUGAAGCAGAAAACUCUAAAUGCAGCAGGAAUGGAAUAAUAGGUUCUCCUCUUUUCAAAAUGAAGAAAAAUAACAACAAAAGUCCUUUGAAAAUCGUUCAGAAAUAUGGGAAAUCAUCUCAAAUAACACUCAGAACACUGAGAAGUACACCUAAUAAAAUUGAUUGUAACAGUUCUAUUAUAGAAUCUAGGACUCCCAAGAAAACUCCAUCAAAACUCAUCUCUAAAUAUACAGAUUUGCCAAGCACAUCAACUUGUGUUACUAGAAGUAUGUUGGCUGAAAUGGGGGUUAACAGAACAGUUGUCAAUUCAGUAUCAGAGUCAUCUCAAGAAAAAACGCCUUCAAAAUCUAAUAAGAAGGUUACAAAUACACCUAAAAAAUCUUCUCGGUGCUCCAGAAUUAUAUUUUCUGAUUUGGAUUCCAACACUGUAACUGACAGUUCAAAGAUAAAUGCAUGUACAAGUAAUAAGAAAACACCAUCAAAAUGUAGCAUACAGUCUACAGAUUCUCCAAAAAAGACUACUCGGUGUACUAGAAAUAUAUUUUCUGACUUGGAUGCAAACACCGUAACCAAUAGUUCAGAGAUAAAUGCAUGUAGAAGUAGUAAGAAAACACCAUCAAAAUCCAGCAUGCAGUGUAUAGUUACUCCCGAAAAGGCCUCUCAGUGUGCCAGAAGUAUAGGUUCUGAUUUGGACGCCAACACAGUAACUGAUAGUUCAGAAAUGAACCCAUGUAGUAAGAAAACGCCAUCAAAAUCCAAUUCAACAUUUGCAGAUACUCCUAAAAAGUCCUCUCGGUGUACCAGAAGUAUAUUUUCUGCUUUGGAUGCCAAAGCAGUAACAGAUAGUUUAGAGACGAAUUCAUGUAAUAAGAAAACGCCAUCAAAAUCCAAUAUAAAUUUUAUAGGCACUCCUAAAAAAUCUGUUCGCUGUACCAGAAGCAUAUCUACCGACAUGGAUACCAAUAGUGCAGAAACCUCCUCAUGUGUAAAUAAAACAUUAUCAAACUGUCCAAAUUCAGUAAGUAUAUCAAACUAUGUUACCCGAAGCGUGUCUAUGAUUUCAGAGUUGGAGUCAUCUCAAAAGGAAACACCAUUAAAAUCUAUACUAAAGUCCAUAAAUUCUCCUUGUAGGACUAAUAUUUGUUCCAGAAGAACAUCUGAUUCAGAAACAAAUCCUACUCCAGAUGGAUCUGAAACAAACACAUACCGUGAGAGGACUCCUUCAAAAUCCAGAAUUAAAUUUAUGUGCACACCUGAAAUAUCAAGCUGUAUCACUAGGACCAUGUCUUUUGAUUUAGAAGUUAAAAAUGAAGGGGUAGAGCUAGAAAAAAGUUCAACUAAUACACUAGCCCCUUCAAAACUUAUUGCCCAAAGUAAAGAAUCGCCAAUUGUAUCAGGUCGUAUGAUCAGAAGUAGUUUAAAUGAAGCUACAACAUCAGCACAAACGCCUGAGAAAACAAAUGUUCAACUUGAACAAAUUAGUAGAAAAAUAUCUUUUGAUAUGGAUGCUAAAAUGACAGCUGAUGAAUCAGAGAUACGAGUCUCUAAAGAAACUUCUAACAAGCUUGACAUUAAACAACUAGGCUCAUCAAAGAGAAUCAUACCAACUACAAGACGAAUGUCUUGUAAUACAGAGAUUGAUAACAGUGUAAGAAUAAACCUGCUACAUAGAAGAACUCCUCCCAAAAUGAAUAACUUACGUAAAGGAUUAACCAGCCUUUUGAAUCGUAGGACGAGAAGCUUGUCCUGUGACAUUCCAGGAAACAUUAAUAAUGUAACUAAGCCUGUAUUUUUGAAACCAACUCCUCCGAAAGGUAGUUUAAAGAGCAAGAAUUCACCAAGGGACCAGUACGAUAGAAAAUAUUAUGGUACAAAAUCUGAUAGUACAGCUUUCUCUGACAUCUGUGUUCAAGAUAGUAUCAAUGUAAGUAACGAGUUAUUACCAGCAUCUCCAGAGUUUACUUCUCCAAUAACUCGGUCCAGAAGUGGUUCUAUAAAAAUGAAAACUAAAACUGAAGAUAAUGCAUCUAUAGAUAGUACAUUAGUUAGCAUAUCAAAUUCUGACAGCGCUAGUAAGUCUCCAGAAUCGAGUUCUCAGAUAAAUAUUUGUUUAAAUCAUAAUACAGAUGAAUCUGUCCACUCAGAAGGAACUGACAAAUGUUCACAAAAUGGUGCUAUAGAUACUUUAAACACUUCUCCAUUCAUCAAAUGUGAGUCGGAAAAAUCAUUAAGUCAAAGGACGAAUAGCUCAUAUGACGAAACAACAUUGAGUAGUUGUGAAAACAACAAAGAAAGCUUGGACUUUACAUUAGUGAAUAACUGUAACAACGAGACUGUGAAAAAUAGUUCUAGUCAAAAACCUCUAUUUUCAGUUGAAAAUACACCACAAUCAGUUGAGAUGGCAUCAAAGAACCGUAUGUUGCACUUGUAUAAACUCUCAAAUUGUGGUGGUGAGAAUGUAGAUAAUAUAAAUAAUGUGGUACUACCCGACAACGAACCCCCUACACUGGUUCCGCACUGGGAACAUGUGAGUGAGUCGGAAGAAACAUCCAGUUCACUUCAAUCUCCUCCUUCACUCGUGCCCCACUGGGAACAGCCUAGCAGUGGCACAAGCACAUCCCUCCCCGAGUCCAUCAUGAGCCAUUGGCAACAACUGACCAACAGUGUUACCGUCAAUACUUCUGACAAGAUCAUGUUUGAUUUAGAGGACACUUCUUUUGAAAUCACCUUCCCUUCCACAAACGAAGAUUCCAGAGCAUCUUCCACAUGUGUUCCGUUUGACUUUCCUCAUCUAGUUGAUGAUUCUAAGAGUGGCUUCAAUGUGGUUUUUAGGAAAAACAGUUUUGAUUCGUGAGUAAUCAUUAAGUUUUAAUAAUAUUAUGUAUUUAUUAUUUUUAUUGUACCUAUUGUAAAUAGUUUUUAUAUACCGGUAUAGUUUCUUAACCAACCAAUUCUUAAUGGUAGUUAAUAAUUAGAUGGUUGAUCUUAAUAAUAUGAUUUUGCUCAAACGUUUUUGUAUUUAGAUUUGUUCACAAUUUUACCAAUAAGGGGUAAUUGUUCUUAAAUUGUGUGAUCAAAUUGAUUAUUCAAUGAUAUUAAGACUUGAAACACAAAUUGACUGAUUAGUUGUUGAAAUAUACUUUCUAUUGAAAAUUAUUUAUUUUUACAUAUUGAACAUGUCUGUUCCAGCAGAUGAAUUAGCCUGAAUUAAUGGGUAUUUUUGUCAACAAAAACAUGAUCUAUAAAAGCUUAAGCAUGCUUUAUGAGGCAUCAAUUCUCACAUUACCUUCACCUACAGUGCUUUCUUUCUAACUAAAUGAUGAAAGAAGUUCCAGCAGGGGAUUCAAAUAUUCUUUACAUUUAUUUAUUUAUUUUUUAAUUUUCUUGAUAAACCAAGACUUUUAAGAGAUGUGGAGAGUCAACUAGCCAUGUGAUAAAUAAAAACUUGUUUAGGAUUUUAUUUUUGGAUAAGUGUAUGAUUUUUAAUGUAUUCAAAAAUUGUGAGUUUAAUCAAGGGUUUUUAAAUUUUAUUCUGUUAUAAAUAAAGUACCAUAAGUAUUUGUGAAUAUUACGACACGUCCGUUUUCUUUUGUUGCAAAUAUGCUGCUUUUAGUUAGCAGGCCUAUAAAGUUUAUUCCUCCAUUAUUUCCAAGGUCACUGUUGUCCCCACUGUGGUAUAUUGUGCACCAUUACUACACAGUUGUGAUAUUUACGAGUGCUUACUGUGAGAAUGUUAAUGUUUUGUUACCUGUAUCAUAGAGUUUUCUACAGCCUUUGUCGAACUUACUUUGAUGAAGGACUGUUGAUUUAUUUUAAAAACAUUGUAUAUUUUAAGUUUUUGGUCUAAAGGCAUCAAUUGCACAGACACCACAUUUUGUUAUUAAUUUGUAAAAUAUUUUAAAUAUCAUAAAUGUUUAAACUCUUAGAUAUGUAUAAAUAUAAACUAAAAAUAAUUAUUGUAUAUGGUAAUUUUAUAUAAUAAAUCAUAAAAUGAUU